CCUAUAAAAACUAAACAUUCACGCUCUCUCUCCUCUUUCCCGCUCUUCUGCCCUUUCCAUCCUCUGCUCCUUUUCCUUCACUAACAUCUCUCUCUCUCUCCCUCUCUCCAUGGAAAUGGUACUCAGAAAUCCUAGAUGCCCAAUCUCAACUUUGAGAAUGUUUACCAGAAUCAGCAGGUGGAAGAGUCCUUUGUUUAUGAGCUCCGUUCGCUUCCUUCCUUUUUUCAGUGCGGACAACCCUGCAAAACCCAUUCGUUCCUUCAUGCUCACCAUUCCGGCGGCCUAUACGAACUUUCGACCAUCAGAAAUGGAGUUUCUGGAUCUGCUUCUGCCGAAUAUUUCAGCUCGCAGACUGAGACCCAUGAAAACACUUAAGAGGAGCGAUUCUUUUAUGAGAACCUUGGUCACUACUAGAGCUUUUACGUCAUCGACUAUCUCGCCUGAAGCUUUCCAGGGGACAUUGAGCUCCACAACUUAUGGCUCGGAACAAAUUCAGGUGUUAGAAGGAUUAGAUCCUGUUAGGAAAAGGCCAGGAAUGUACAUUGGCAGCACGGGCCCUCGCGGCCUACACCAUUUGGUUUAUGAAAUAUUGGAUAAUGCAAUUGACGAAGCUCAAGCAGGAUUCGCCACUAGAGUGGAUGUCGUUUUACAUUCAGAUAAUUCCGUGAGCAUAACUGACAAUGGCCGUGGGAUUCCUACAGAAUUUCAUCAAGUUACAAAGAAAUCUGCUCUUGAGACUGUUUUAACGGUCUUACAUGCUGGGGGCAAGUUUGGUGGUUCACGCAGUGGUUAUAGUGUCUCUGGGGGUUUGCAUGGCGUGGGCUUAUCUGUUGUUAAUGCUUUAUCCGAGGCCUUGGAGAUUACUGUUUGGCGUGAUGGAAGGGAAUAUCAACAGACCUAUUCUCGUGGAAAACCAGUGACGGACCUUACGUCUCACAUGCUUCCUACUGAAUUGAAUUCUCGUCAAGGGACUUGUAUAAGGUUUUGGCCUGAUCGCGAAGUAUUCACAACAACAAUUUCAUUUGACUACAACACAAUAGCUGGGCGGAUUAGGGAGCUUGCUUUCCUGAAUACUGAUCUAGCAAUUACCCUAACGAAGAUGGAUAUGGAUUCCCAGAAGGCACAAUACAAUGAGUAUUGUUACGCAGGUGGAUUAGUUGAAUACGUAAAAUGGUUAAAUACUGAUAAGAAACCUAUACACGAUCCUGUAUUCCUCCAGAAGAAAGCUGACGGAAUUACUGUUGAUGUGGCUUUACAAUGGUGCUCUGAUGCUUAUACAGAUACCUUGUUAGGUUAUGCAAAUAGUAUUCGAACAGUUGAUGGUGGCACUCAUAUAGACGGCCUGAAGGCAUCAUUAACAAGAACCCUUAAUAACCUUGGGAAGAAGUCAAAGGUUAUCAAGGAGGACAUUAAUUUGAGUGGCGAACAUGUAAGGGAGGGAUUAACAUGCAUUGUCUCGGUCAAAGUUCCAAACCCGGAGUUUGAGGGACAGACUAAGACUAGGUUAGGAAAUCCUGAAGUACGGAGGGUAGUUGAUCAAUCUGUUCAAGAACAUCUCACAGAGUACUUGGAGUUGCAUCCAGACAUACUUGAUUCAGUCCUUCUAAAGUCACUUAAUGCUCUUAAGGCAGCAAUGGCAGCUAAGAGGGCAAGGGAACUUGUACGAACAAAAAGUGUGUUGAAGUCAUCUUCUCUUCCAGGCAAGCUAGCUGAUUGUUCCUCUAUGAAUCCUGAAGAAUCUGAAAUCUUUAUAGUUGAAGGUGAUUCUGCUGGUGGCAGUGCAAAACAAGGCCGUGACCGGCGUUUUCAGGCUGUGUUGCCCUUGCGUGGUAAAAUUCUGAAUAUCGAGCGCAAAGACGAAGCUGCCAUGUAUAAAAAUGAAGAGAUUCAAAAUCUCAUUCUUGGAUUGGGACUUGGGGUGAAGGGAGAGGAUUUCAGAAAGGACGCCCUACGUUACCAUAAGAUCAUAAUUCUAACAGAUGCUGAUGUGGAUGGUGCCCAUAUCCGUACUCUUCUUUUAACAUUUUUCUUCAGAUAUCAGAAAUCACUGUUUGAUGAAGGCUGUAUCUAUGUUGGUGUUCCUCCACUUUUCAAGGUAGAGCGCGGUAAGCAAGUUCACUAUUGCUACAAUGACAUGGAGCUAAAACAACUCCAAGAUGCCUUUCCUCCAACUGCAUCUUACAAUAUACAGAGGUUCAAAGGUCUAGGAGAGAUGAUGCCCAUCCAAUUAUGGGAGACCACUCUGGACCCUGAUAAACGAGUGCUGAAGCAAUUAGUUGUUGAAGAUGCUGCAAAAGCAAAUCUGGUGUUCUCCUCGCUUAUGGGCAGUCGAGUAGAUUUCCGGAAAGAACUCAUACAGAGCUCUGCGAGCAUGAUCAACUUUGAUCAUUUGGAUAUAUGAUUGAACGGGGCAAAUAGUUAAGAAACCUGGGCACAUAUGUAGCAACACAUUUCUUUGUUGCAAUCACAGGCCAAUGCAGAAGAUUUAAGGUGUCACUUGUUCCCAUUCUAGAUGGAACUAUCCUGGGCUAGAGUAUUAGAGAACCACAUUUUUUAGGCUGUUCGUUUAAUUGUGGCCCCAACGAAAGACGGCUGGCUCGUUAGGGACAUGCCUUUUGAAGCUGUUCCCGUUUCUUUGUAGUGACAUGUAUGAAAUAAUUAUGUAGAUAUUUGAAAGUUUGUUGAUUAUAUUUUUUUCCUUAGUCA